GAGCCACGCCUCCUGUCCUGCAGACACUUCCUUAUUUUUUUGGAGCUGCAAACUGAACUGUUUCAGAGUCAGUUCAUCUGUUUCAGAAACAUAUUUACCUUCUCUUAGCUCAGCUGUUCUCAUGUUGAAGAACUGACCUCGGCUCAGCUGUUUUGGCAUCCGGGAUCCUCUUGUGACAGUCAGCUGAUAGGAUAUAAAACACGUUGAGCUCUGCAGUCCGACAACAAGAACUUUAUUCAUUGCUGUUUUAUAGCUAUUUUUAAAGCUGUUCAGCAAAGGAAGAAAUGGCCACUAACCCACCGAAAGUAAGGAUCGGAAUUACUGCCAGUGAAAGACUACAAAACUUAAAAAAUGCUUUUGAAACAAAGUAUGGAGACUCUCCUCUCUUCUAUGCAUGUGCACCUGGACGGGUAAAUCUAAUAGGAGAGCAUAUUGACUACUGUGGCUAUUCUGUUCUUCCAAUGGCAAUCGAACAGAGUAUCCUCGCAGCUGUAUCUGUGAACCAUUCAGGCACCAUCACACUGGCCAACACAAAUCCUCUAUACAAGGAUUUCACCGUCUCAUGUUCAGGGGACAUAGCUAUAGACAGAGAGAAUCCAAAGUGGCAUUAUUAUUUUCUCUGUGGAGUCAAAGGCAUCCAGGAGAAGUUUGAGCUGGCUCAUUUAGCCGGGAUGUCAUGUGUUGUAGAUGGAACUAUUCCUCCGAGCUCAGGCCUGUCCAGUUCAAGUGCCUUAGUUUGUUGUGCCGGGCUGGUGACAAUGGAGGCCAAUCAGAAGUCCCUCUCAAAGGUGGCGUUGGCAGAGCUAUGUGCCAAAUGUGAGCGCUACAUUGGCACAGAGGGAGGCGGCAUGGACCAAUCCAUCUCAUUCCUGGCAGAGAAAGGAACUGCAAAGCUGAUAGAGUUUCAGCCUCUGAGAGCCACUGAUGUCAAACUCCCGGAUGGAGCUGUGUUUGUGAUCUCUAACUGCUGCGUGGAGAUGAACAAAGCUGCUUCUUCUCACUUCAACAUCCGUGUUGUGGAGUGCAGGAUCGCCACGAAGAUGUUGGCCAAGGCAAGAAGUCUGGACUCAAGCGGGUUACUGAAGCUGGCUCAGGUUCAGACGGAGCUGAAGGCCUCCCUGGAGGAGAUGCUAACCCUGGUGGACGAGGUGUUACACCCUGAGCCGUACAGCCGGGAUGAGAUCUGCAAGGUGCUGGGCAUCACUUCUGAUCAGUUUUCCACUGAGCUGCUGAGCGCAAACACCCAACAUGUGACACAUUUUAAACUGCACCAGAGAGCCAAGCAUGUGUACAGUGAAGCUGCACGGGUUCUGCGGUUUAAGAGUGUGUGCGACUCUGAACCUGCUGAAGCCAUACAGCUGCUGGGAGACCUCAUGAACCAGAGCCAUGCAAGCUGCAGAGACCUGUACGAGUGCAGUUGCCCUGAACUGGAUCAACUGGUGGACAUCUGUCUGAAGUCGGGGGCUGUGGGCUCACGGCUGACAGGAGCAGGAUGGGGUGGCUGUGCUGUCUCCAUGGUUCCCUGUGAGAAGGUGGAGUCUUUCUUACAGGAAGUGAGGGAGGCCUUCUACCUUCCUGAUCCACGCAGAGCAACCUUGGAGAAACAGAGUCUGUUCCUGUCAAAGCCAGGAGGAGGAGCUGCCAUUUACCUCGAGGAAUGAAAACAUGAUUGCGUCUUUCACUGAAUAAAUGACAGGUUGCACAUAACAUGUGAACACGUAAAGGCAAAGUGGUUCUGUUUACAUAUUAUACCUGAGCAUAGGGGCCAAAAAUGAUUAAUAGUGAUCACAAUUUCUUACAAAGGGAAUACUUUCUGUGUUUUUUUAAAUCAUGAUAGGGCUGAUGAAGGACUUUUGUAUUCAUUGAUUUUGUAUUUCCAAGUCGCUUUGUCACUGUUCAUCUCAGACAAACAAAACACAACAGUUACAAUAAAUCCAAGUUUAAUUUCUGCAGCUGUAGACCAUCUAUCUAUCCUUUUUAACAUGUUACAUGUGAACAAAAUAUUUACAAAAUGAGCACACAAAACAAGAAUUAAAUGUGCUGUUGUGUUCUGUUUUGUUGUGGGAUCAGUGGGGAAACCAGUGUGGGGCGUCCUGACUAUAAGAUCCCCUGCUGAGCUCAAGCUCUCCCGGCAGGGUUUUAAGGUCAUUAGAGAGCAGUGAUGGUGGAGGUUCAGUGGUGUAAGGCACGAGUUACUGUACUGUACUGAAUGUAACUGAAGCACUCUGCUUUUAAAAUCUCCUCAGGGUCCUUUUUCUCAUCACUCCCGAAACUCUUCUUGAUCAAUGAAUCACGUCUUCUAAAAGAUUGAUGGAUUAAAAAGAUCAAAUAAUU